AUGUUUUCGUUCAGUGAUGUUUCAAUUUUGGAAGACAAGCAACCAGCUUACCGGGUCUUUAAACCUUGGUGGGACACUUUCAUGGAUUAUCUGACUAUUAUCAUGUUGUUUUUGGCGAUCUUUGGCUGUAGUAUUCAACUUUAUAUGGAUGAGACUUUCUGUUUGCCACACCACAGUGAGAAUGAUGAAGCCAAACAAAACACACACCAUGAGAUAAUUUCAACCUUGCAAGAUACUCCAAAAACAUCUGAUAAUAGUGCCAAUCCAGUUGUGCAUACGAAAUCUAAUCCAUCUAUUUCUGUCCACCAUGGAAGGGUUACAAAAUUGUAUAUUUGGCAGUACUGGUAUGUCAAUCAAAUGUGCUAUAGUCAAAUCCCCUGGUUUACUAGGUUCUUCUCUUAUCUGAUUUUAUUCCAUACAGUUGUCUUAAUUAUCUGCAGUAACUUCUGCUUCACAUAUCCUAAAACAAGUUCCAAAUUGCAACAAUUUCUUGACAUUCUUCAAAAGUGUUUUCAGUCACCCUGGACAACCAAAGCACUAUCCACAGCAGUCUGUGUAGAUUCUAGAGAACAGGAAGAAACUGUAAUAUCACGAAAAUCGAGUGAAAAUGACAAUGAUGAAAUCAGUGUUAAAGGAGAUUCAUCUCUUGCUAAAAUUCCCACACAUAUUCACUCAAAUGUUUCAGUAUCUGGCUCAAGCCUGGACAAAAAGGAUGCAGAGCAAGCCAAAGCUUUGUUUGAGAAAGUAAGGAAAUUUAGACUCCAUGUUGAAGAGAAAGACACAAUUUAUAAAUUAUAUGCUGGACAAACAUUGUUCAAAACAAUACAUUGUUUAAUUAUCAUUGGAUACUUUCCAGCCUAUAUCUAUGUCGUUGACUUUAAUAACUUAUGCGAACCUAAUGCACUAAAGUUGGUUUAUUAUAAGGCUUUUGAUUGUACCUAUAGUACUGCCCGUUUUGUUAGUAAAAUGGCCCUGCUGUAUCUAGGUUUAGUGAUUAUUUACUGGAUUCUUUGCAUCCACACAAUAUGUUGGGUUUUCAGAAAUCCUCUGAGAAAGUACUCCUUUGAGAAAAAAGUUGAAAGCCAGUUCAGUGAUAUUCCUGAUGUAACAAAUGACUUUGCUUUCUUGUUGCAUUUGAUUGAUCAAUACGACACACUAUACUGCAAACGUCUCACAGUAUUCCUCUCAGAAGUGAGUGAGCAAAAAUUAAAAUUGUUAAGUUUAAAUAAUGAUUGGACUGUGGAGAAAGUGAAGGAAAAUGUCACAAAAACUAAGAAGGACCAGUAUGAGUUGUAUCUCUUCAUGUUAUCAGGAAUUCCUGAAUCUGUCUAUGAAGUUACGGAAUUACAGGUGUUAAGGUUGGAACUUUGCAGUAAUGUUAAAAUAUCCAAUAAAAUAACCCAGCUGGAGCAUUUGGAAGAAAUCUGGCUCUCACAUUGUGUGACUGAAGUUACACCAUCUGCUUUGAUGUGGUUGAAAUAUCAACUGAAGAAGGUGGGAGUUAAAUAUGUGAGUCGUGAUGAAAUCCCUGAUUGGAUCUACAAACUGAUUGACCUCAAGGAGCUGUAUCUCACUGGAAAGCUAGCCAUUGAAAAAAAAGCUGUGGAACUGGAACCAAUGAAGGGGCUUCGCUCUCUGAGAGUCCUUUACCUAAAAUCAAGUCUCUCUAAAAUACCCUCUGCCAUCAUCGAUGUUGCAUUACACCUGCUGAAGCUUUGCAUUCACAAUGAUAAGACCAAGCUCUCAAGUCUGAGUAUCUUAAAGAAAAUGAUCAAUCUGAACCAAAUUGAACUUCACAAUUGUGAAUUGGAUAAAAUCCCAACUGCCACUUAUGCUUUAUCCAAUCUUCAAGUCUUAGAUCUUAAAGGUAACAACCUUACCAAAAUUGAUGAUGUUUCCAAUUUACAAUAUUUGCAAAAGUUAUCCUGUUUGAAAUUCUGGUUCAAUAUGAUCAAGACUAUUCCCACAACUAUUAGUUUAAUUAAGAAGCUUGAGUAUCUUUACUUAAAUAACAACCACAUUGAGGUUUUACCAAAAGUCCUUUUCACAAUUGAUAAACUGCGUUACUUGGAUUUACACAACAAUAAUAUUUCUAUGCUUCCAAAUGAUGUUGGGAAUCUCAAAAACCUGUAUAAUUUGGAUUUGGGAUACAAUAAAAUAGAAACUUUACCAGACCAACUUUUCAAAUGUAACAAGCUCAUGACUCUGAAACUGAGCAACAACUUAAUCUCGAAUAUAAGUGGGAAGAUCUCAAAGCUCAGCCAACUAUCUCAGCUGGAACUUCAAGGAAACUACUUGGAAAAACUUCCAGUGGAAAUAGGACAAUGCCCAAUGUUGAAGUUAAAUGGACUUGUGAUAGAGCCACAUAUUAUCGAGUCACUUCCUUUAGAAGUAAGAGAAAAAAUGGGUGGUAGUUAG